GCGGGCCGGCGGACGGACGAGCGGGGCGGCCGGGGAUGCCGCUCGGAGCGCCGCGGUCCUCGUGCCAGUGAGCGCCGCCGCCGCCGCAGCCAUGACGGUGGAGUUCGAAGAGUGCAUCAAGGACUCGCCGCGCUUCAGGGCUACUAUUGAUGAGGUGGAAACCGACGUGGUGGAGAUUGAGGCAAAACUAGACAAGCUGGUCAAGCUGUGCAGCAGCAUGAUAGAGGCUGGCAAAGCCUAUGUCACAACCAACAGACUGUUCGUGAGUGGUGUUCGAGACCUGUCCCAGCAGUGCCAGGGCGACUCCGUCAUUUCGGAAUGUCUGCAGAGGUUUGGAGACAGCCUGCAGGAGAUGGUCAACUACCACAUGAUCCUGUUUGACCAGGCCCAGAGGUCUGUGAGGCAGCAGCUCCACAACUUUGUCAAAGAGGAUGUGCGGAAGUUCAAGGAGACCAAGAAGCAGUUUGACAAAGUUCGAGAGGACAUGGAGCUGUCCCUCGUGAGGAAUGCCCAGGCUCCACGGCACCGUCCCCAUGAGGUGGAGGAGGCCACAGGUGCCUUGACCCUCACCCGGAAGUGCUUCCGUCACCUGGCACUAGACUAUGUACUCCAGAUCAAUGUCCUCCAGGCCAAGAAGAAGUUUGAAAUCUUGGAUUCUAUGCUGUCCUUCAUGCAUGCCCAGUACAGUUUCUUUCAGCAAGGCUACAGCCUGCUGCACCAGCUGGACCCCUACAUGAAGAAGUUGGCAGCCGAGCUUGACCAGCUGGUGAUCGACUCUGCAGUGGAAAAGCGGGACAUGGAGCGAAAGCACGCUGCCAUCCAGCAGCGGACUUUGCUGCAGGACUUCUCCUAUGAUGAGCCCAAAGUGGAGUUUGAUGUGGAUGCACCCAGCGGUGUGGUGAUGGAGGGCUAUCUCUUCAAGAGGGCCAGUAAUGCCUUCAAGACAUGGAACCGGCGCUGGUUCUCCAUCCAGAACAGCCAGCUGGUCUACCAGAAGAAGCUCAAGGACGUGCUGACUGUGGUGGUGGAUGACCUCCGUCUGUGCUCUGUGAAGCCAUGUGAGGACAUUGAGCGGAGGUUCUGCUUUGAGGUCGUGUCACCCACCAAGAGCUGCAUGCUACAGGCCGACUCAGAGAAGCUGCGGCAGGCCUGGGUUCAAGCUGUGCAAGCCAGCAUUGCCUCCGCCUACCGGGAGAGCCCAGACAGCUGCUACAGUGAGAGGCUGGACCGCACAGCAUCUCCAUCCACGAGUAGCAUCGACUCUGCUACAGACUCUCGGGAGCGCAGUGUCAAGGGCGAGAGUGUGCUGCAGCGUGUGCAGAAUGUGGCUGGCAACAGCCAGUGUGGGGACUGUGGCCAGCUGGAUCCCCGCUGGGCCAGCAUCAACCUGGGUGUGCUGCUCUGCAUUGAGUGCUCAGGCAUUCACAGGAGCCUGGGUGUCCACUGCUCUAAGGUGCGGUCCCUGACUCUGGACUCGUGGGAGCCGGAGCUGCUGAAGCUGAUGUGUGAGCUUGGAAACAGCACCAUGAACCAGAUCUACGAGGCUCAGUGUGAGGGACCAGGUAGCAGGAAGCCUACAGCCAGCAGCCCCAGGCAAGACAAAGAGGCCUGGAUCAAGGACAAGUAUGUGGAAAAGAAGUUCCUGCGGAAGCCGCCCUCAGCACCAGCUCGUGAGGCCCCUCGGCACUGGCGGGUGCAGAAGUGCCAGCGCCACCACAGCUCCCCCCGAGCCCCCGCUGCCCGCCGCAAGGUCCGACUGGAGCCUGUCCUGCCCUCCGUGGCUGCUCUGUCUUCAGCAGGUGCUGGGGAACGCAAGUUCCGGAGGGACUCUCUUUUCUGCCCAGAUGAGCUGGACUCCCUCUUCUCCUACUUUGACGCAGGAGCUGCUGCAGCUGGUCCACGUAGUCUGAGCAGCGACAGUGGCUUAGGGGGCAGCUCUGAUGGCAGCUCGGACGUUCUGGCCUUCAGCACAGGCUCCGUGGUGGACAGUGUCACGGAGGAGGAGGGUGCAGAGUCUGAGGAGUCCAGUGGUGAGGCAGACGGAGAGGCUGAGGCCUGGGGCCUGGCAGACGUGCGUGAGCUACACCCUGGGCUCCUGGCACACCGAGCGGCGCGCACCCGAGACCUCCCUGCGCUGGCUGCCGCGCUGGCUCACGGGGCGGAGGUCAACUGGGCUGACACAGAGGACGAGGGCAAGACGCCGUUGGUGCAGGCUGUGCUAGGGGGCUCCCUGAUUGUCUGUGAAUUCCUUCUGCAAAAUGGAGCAGAUGUGAACCAAAAAGACAGCCGGGGCCGGGCGCCCCUGCACCACGCCACGCUCCUGGGACGCACAGGUCAGGUGUGCCUGUUCUUGAAGCGAGGGGCUGACCAACAUGCCUUGGACCAUGAGCAGCAGGACCCGCUGAGCAUUGCGGUCCAGGAGGCAAACGCAGACAUUGUCACUUUGCUGCGUCUGGCACGCAUGGCUGAGGAGAUGCGAGAGGCCGAGGCGCCCCCUGGCCAGCCGGGCGCCCUGCUGGGGACCAGCCCCACGGAGCUCCAGUACCGCAGGUGCAUCCAGGAGUUCAUCAGCCUCCACCUGGAGGAGAGCUAGGGUGGGCGGCCGGGUCUGGCCAGAGGCUGCAGCGGGAGCCUCCCUGUCCCCCCACCCUGCCUGCCCUGCCUCUGGUGGCCCUGGGCCCGAUUCCUGAGAGCCCCAGGGCCUGGCCAGCUCUCCUUAGAGCCGCCCCAGCCCCAGGGCUUGUGAGGGACCCCAGCACUGAGUCUUAAGAAGCCCCACUUUCCCCCUGGGAGGUGCUGCAUUGCCUGGCACCCCUCAUCACACCUGGGGACCCCGUGUCUUCAGGUGACCCCUUUCCUGGGGACCUGGGUUGCUCACGUCACAAACCACUCUGAAGGCCCCAUAUCACCUUGUGCCCCUCAGACGCCCCCUCCCUCUGGGGUCUGUGUCACCUUAUGCCCCUGCAUCCAUCCUAGGUCCUCUCUGCCUUCAGGGCCUGUGUCACCUCGUGCCCCCACCUUUACUGCCGUAGAACACUGACCUGCUAGUUGGGUCCCACCUACACACCCCCAGAGCCCCUCUGCUAGGCCCUGGGGCUGGUGGCUGGCCACCAGUGCCCUUUGAGGGCAGAAGGGGCAGCCCAUCCAGGGAAUCAACCCGUGUACCUCACUUAGUUACCAGCAUCCAGGCUGGGCUUCUCGGGUGCUGGGGGGGUGGGCUGUGGCCUGGGGCCUCAGCCCUGGCUGGACGCAGGCGUCCCAAGGCCAUGUGGCUGGCCACACAGGCCCCAGUGCUGUGUGGCCGGAGACCUGUCCCUGCCUUCUCCAGAGGCUCUGGCCCAGAGCCGGUGCAUAAAGGACUUUGGCACUUUCCACCCCUGCAUCUGACAUUCUUUGUCACAGACUGAGCAGAUUUUCUACAACGACCUCUUUCUCACUUUGUCUUGCGUCUUUUCUCUGUGGAUUCUUGAGGACCACCUUGACACACCUGGCUCUGCCUGCUGCUGGGGGGAGGCUCCUGCAACUCUACCCUGCCCCUCACUGGCCUCACCCCUCAAGCCGGGCCUGUGGAUGGGUCCAGGGGCCCCUCAGAUCAACCCCCCAGGGCCCACCAAGGCGUUCAUCCUGCAUUCCCCCUUCCGGGAGCCCUGGGGCAGUGGCUGGGCCUCACCCCAACUUACAUCCUUGGUCUGGCCAAGGCCACUAUGCAAAAGCUGUCCAGGGAGGCUCCAUGGGCGGUAAGGUGGGUGCUGAGUCCCCCAACUCCCUCGCCUGUUGGCUGUGACCCCUAAAGAGCAGAAUUAACUCCCUCCUUUCUCCCUGCUUGAGCUCUGCCCCCACCUCCCACCCACUACCUGCAUCAGGGCCUCGGGCUGGCAGGACCUGCCCCCGCUCCAGAUCACAGUUAAUAAACUGCUGCUUGCA